UCUUGCGCCAACUCAAUCUGGUGGACAAAUGCGUGAAAGUCGUUAAGACAAAGGGCUUGAUGUAUUUAAUAUCUGAUUUUUUAGGAUUUGCUUUAUUGCGUUCUUAUGCUUCUUGAUACGACGUAUUUCAAUGGUAAAAAACAUCUGUUGUGCUAAACGCUGUAUGAACCAAAUCAAUCUUCCUCGUGCUAAUUGUCUGGACAAUUACCAGUAUAAGAAGACAAGAAUCAUAUCACAGUAAAGCUUCACCCGAUCACUGUUACAAAAUUAUUUACUUGAAAUUUCAUCACAGGAGCUUAGUGAAAGUUUAAAGUAUUGUUUCAGGUUACCAGCGUUAUGUGUACCCACUGAUAUAUAUCCUCGUUAGUUAUGUAUGGUUUCAUUCACUGCUGUUUGGCUGAUAUGGUGAUCAGUGGUUUUGGAGAAGAAAAAUGGAUGGAAAUUUUAAAACAGGCCGAAAUUAAAUUAGAAGGUGGCUCAUAUCUCAUUCACAAAAUUUAUACAGAUGCUGAAACUUUCAAGCUGGUGGGAACAGCAUGUGACGUGUUAGGUUUGGAUGUAAAUACUGCGUUGGAAAGCUUUGGAGCACAUUUUUUUCAUUUCACCGUUCAAUCAGGUUACGAUCGAAUUCUUCGAGUUCUUGGUAGAAAUCUUUACGAUUUUCUUUGCAAUCUGGACGCUCUUCACGAUCAUUUGGCGAACAUUUAUCCUGGAAUGGAAGCGCCAUCGUUCCGUUGCACCAAGUCAAAUGAUGGCACAUUAUUUUUGCACUACUAUUCUAAACGUUCAGGACUUGAAUCGAUUGUCGUUGGUCUGGUAAAGACUAUUUGCAUCGAAGUUCUUCACAUAACGGUAACUGUAAAGAUACUGUCAAGUAAGGGAGAAAUGGAUAAUGAUCAUACAAUUUUUGCCAUUUAUGAAGACAAAAAAGCAAAUUUAGCUUCUUCUCUAGUUCAUUUAAACAGCACAAAUAUUGACAAUGCAAUUGAUGUGAAUGCAAAUUGUAUGAGAAAUGAUAUAAAUAGUAAUCCUAUGAAUGUUAGCUCAUUCUGUAAAGCGUUCCCAUUUCAUGUUCUAUUUGACCAAAACCUUACUAUCGUGCAAGCUGGUGUGGCCAUAUUGAGAGUGUUGAACGAAGCAUAUGCAACUCCUGGCAAGAUCAAACUUUACGAUGUUUUCAAAUUACAAAGACCAAAAUUGAACAUUGACUUUGCACUAAUCUUAGCUCACAUUAAUACAGUUUUUGUGGUUGAAACUAAGGAUGGUACUAUUCCCGGUGGAGCAUGUAAUCCAAAAAUUCGUCUUAAAGGACAAAUGGUUCAUAUACCCGAGUCUAAUACUUUACUUUUCUUAUGCUCCCCGAGGGUAAGUGAUCUUGUUUCACUAAGAACGAAAGGUUUGUAUCUUAGUGAUCUCCCUCUACACGAUGCCACUCGUGAUCUUAUCUUUAUGACUCAUACACGAACUGCUGAAAGAGAACUUGUAGAGCAACUGGAAGAAACGACUAACAACUUAAAGAAAAUGGAAGCCUGCCUUAUUGAUGAUAAGAAAAAAACGGAUGACUUACUUCAUUCUAUAUUACCAGCAAAUGUCGCUGAAAAACUUCGAGUUAAUCAAACUGUCGAAGCUGAAAAUUAUAAGUUGGUCACAAUACUUUUUAGUGAUAUUGUUGGCUUCACUGCACUUUGUUCCAACGAUAAAGUGGUUCCUAUGGAUAUUGUGCGCAUGCUCAAUAAGUUAUACACGUAUUUUGACAUGCUGAGUGGAGUAAAUGAAGUUUAUAAGGUUGAAACUAUUGGAGAUGCAUACAUGGUUGUUGGAGGUCUACCUACACCUUGUUUAGAUCAUGCUGAGAGAGUGUUGAACAUGGCAUUUGGCAUGAUGGAGGCGUCUAUCAAAGUCUUAUCACCGGCAGAUAAGAUGCCCCUGAAGAUACGAAUCGGGAUACAUUCAGGUCCCGUAAUGGCGGGCGUUGUUGGCAAAAAGAUGCCAAGAUAUUGUUUAUUUGGAAAUACUGUUGGAAUUGCAAACAAAGCAGAGUCUGGAAGUGAACCAGGACACAUAAAUGUCAGCAUUGUAACCAGAAAAUACCUAAAAGAGUCAGAUUAUAAAUUCGAGCCUAAUCCUAACCCAAACCCUGUGACAUGUUUUUUUGUUACACGAAGUCCAGCAUCACCUCGAAAACCAUCCAUUUUGGACUUUAUGUCUUCGAUACCUCCACAUAGUUACGGUGGAUUGUUUCUCUCUCCUGUUUCCUCACCGUGCAGUGGUACACCUCUUAAGCAAUCACCAAAUACUAGUCCUUCAGCAACUCCACCCAGACCACGAGCGAAGAAAAUAAUUCAGAUGUGUGCAAGCGUGAACGACUUUGAAUGAUUCUAGACUUUUAAUAUGGGCUGGAUAUCCUCAAAAACAAUAAUAAAUAAUGUUUAAAAUGUGUAAAUUACAAAAAUUUUGGUAAAAGAACGACAAAUUAUAUAAUACUUCUCGUAUUUCCAAAGCUAAGAUUCUAUCUAUAGCUAUAGCAAGGAUGUAAUAUAUUUCCUUAUUAUACAUCAUUUUUAUUUUAACAGUAAGACUUAUAGUAUUUUUAAUUGCUCAGAAGCAACAAUAACUUUUUAAUGCUGAGUGCUGAAUAGCAUUGCUUAUUUUUCAUUAAAAUUAAUAAACGUCAGCCAGUGGAAGAGCAUUGGAGCCAGCGAUUAAAGAUUGGAUGAAAAACUGAAGAUUAUAUUAUCAUCAAAGUACGAUGUAUUGUCUAGUUAUAAAUGAAUGAAUGACAAAUAUAUUGCCUGAAAUUUUAA